AGUCAAAUUCUCUAAUCUUGACAUUUAGUUUUAGUUGAUUUUAAAUACUGACAGUGACACGCAAAAAACUGACCAACUGUGAAUGUGGCUGACUCUUCGUACACCUACCAGGCCUACAGGCUGCAGAGCCAAGUUAUCAACGCCACGAGAUACUUCAUACUUUUACAAGACCAGAGUGAGACAUGGCACAACCCCCGUCUUAUGGGACUGCGCCACCCCCUUAUGAGGGUGGCCCUGCAGGUAAAGCGCCAGUUGGUUACCCGGCUGGAGCUGCCUACCCUCAGGGUGGGAUGUAUCAGCCUGCUGGGGCAGGAGGGGGAUAUCAGCCAGCAGGUGCAGUGCCAGGUUACCAGGGAUAUGUGGCAGUACAGCCUCAGAGUACAGUGGUUGUGGUUGGUGGGUGCCCCUCAUGCAGGGUGGGUUUACUGGAGGAUGAUUACACCUGUCUCGGGGUCUGCUGUGCCAUAUUGUUUUUCCCAAUCGGAAUCCUCUGCUGCCUGGCUAUGAAGCAAAGGCGGUGCCCAAAUUGCGGUGCUGUGUUUGGUUGAAACCGGAGGUGCUGAUAUCAAUUUGCUGUAUGCCAGAUGUGUUCCUCUGUCAGUGAUUCAUAUCUGUUCUGGCAUCGGUUAGGCCAAAAAACAAUACGUUAUUUGUUAAUCUGUAUAUACCAUGUAUUGUAACACCUACCAAGGAGCGUUUAGGCUUCCUGGUGCCGAGGGACAUGAUAUUUUCAUUGGAAGACAUAUCAGCAUAUUGAGGCAAUGAAAUGUGAGAACACUGCAUCUGUGACGUGAAGUUCUUAUUCAACUGGGGUCAUAUCCAGUCAUUUUGGGGGGAAAAUAACCAAAAGAUAAAAGACGAUAAGUAGGUUUUGUUGACUGAUACAGUACAAAUGUUCACACUUACAGUGUAGAGAUUUAGCAAGAACUUUGGGGACAUUUUGAUCUGUUCCCAUUGUUAAGGGUAUUUCUCUGCUUUCUAACAGGGACAAUUGUAAACGAAAAGUAAAUCAGUUUUAGGAUGUAAAAUAAUCAAAACUAAUGUCAAAAUGUUCGACAUAAUUUAUUCCCCCUUGAAGGAAAAAAUGACGCCCUGUGUAAACAAAGUCAGUGUUUAAUGUGUGAAAAUUUAAAUUAUAUUUGUGCAUGGUUAAUCAGUAAAGUCAUUUGUGAAGAUUUUACCAAUGAUUCCCAAAAAUAUGGUGCAAAAUGAAGACAUAUAUAAUGUCUGUUGUGUAACCUUUUGCAUGGAUACAUCAAAUGCUGUCACUGAUGUAAAUAUAGUCUGGAUAUUGUUUCUAAUGUAAUCUUGAUUUAAUUUUGAUGCGAUUUACAUUUCUUCGUUCAGUUAAACCACCCAGCCCAUUGUCCUCGAUUCUAGUAGGCUUUUUUCAGUUUGCCUAUACAGUGCUUUGCGUGUUCUGGUGCUUAUUUGUCCUAAUGCUUUACGUAACCCAUGUGACAUGUCAUUUUAUACUGUUAAAUCAGAAGUGUGGAUUUAUCAGAUAUGGUACAUGUUGACAGGAUGUAUAUGUUACAUUGUGACUUCAAUCUUGGCAGGACACAUUAGCAAUGUACACCUGCUAUGGGUAUCUUAGCUGUCUUUAUUCUGACACAUAAGUAAGCAGUUUAUGACAUUUUGUUAUAGUGGUUAUAUUCCUGUAGAAAUCCUUGUCUUACAUGUGGAUAAAAAUAAUAUUAAGAACAGUGUUAGUGCUUUUUGUUAGUAAUUUGCAUAGGACUGUAAGUGGACAAUUCAUGUACUUGUCCCAUAGGUCUGUACCAAAAAAAAUCUGUGAUAUUGAAUCAUUAAAGCAACUCUAUUUGCAGCUUCUGGAGUUUUACAAAGCCUUCUGAAAUCACUUUCAGCUUGAUUUUGGAGUGCUCGGGAGAGUUUCCAAAAGUGGAUGUUUAAAUCAAGGAUAAAGCCAAAAUAUCCAUGUAUCCCCAGCUCACAUUUCCUUUUGUCCAGUUUAUGUGCCUUUUUUAAUCCCACCUGUCUUCUGACUUACAAUGUGGAUAGAACAGCAUAUGAAUUCCAGGCUUAAACCAAGUUACAUCUUAAAUUAUAGUUAAAUAUCUGAAAGUGCUCAUGUUUUGUGUUCAUCAGUAACAAGAAAAAAGUUCAUCUAGGACAAACUUGACCAGCUAUUAAAAGCUUUUGAAUCAGUGAGCAAAAUAUGAAUUUCAUUUGAGUAAAAGUUUCUAUCAUUUUCAAAGACCAAUUUGCACUACAGAAGUUUAGAAAUAGAACUUAUUCCUUUACUCUCCAUACAGUCCUUAAAUGCAGAAGGUAAGGCUCGUUAACAUGUCUUUGUAUGAUCACUGUGGAUGUGCUGUUUUGUACAUAGAAUAAAACACAAAUCAAUUUUUGAUAUAUAAUAAAUUUCAGUCAUAAAUAAAACUGAGCUCAUUGUA